GCUUUUGCACAUAAAAAUCUUUUCCUGCUCAUCGGAAUGUUGCUCUUCGACCAUUUGUGAACGAAUCAACGAAUAAGACACGCCGUGGAGCAGCUCAACGCAAGCGCGAGUGUGAAUCGUUGAUAUGUUGUGUGUUUAAAUAAAAACGAAGUGUCAGUGGAUAAAGAAGCAACAGUGGAAACAGCGCGAAACGCAGCGACGGCAAAAGUAUUGGACUGAAAUCGAACCAAAUUUAUAAAUAAAUUGCUAUUUCGCAAAUGUUAAUUAUUUGCCGACGCAAAGAAAACUUGCUAAAUAAUUUGUGAACAAAUUUUGUAGUAAAUAUUAAUGAAUAAUUAGUGUAGCCAAAAAGAUAUAAAAAUAUAAACCAACGCAUGACCGAACAACAAAUUUAAAGUCUAAAGCAAGCGUAAGGACCCAUUAAUAUUUAGAAUACAAACGCUACGUCGAAAACUGCUGAUAAAUAAAUAAUAAAUAACGCGUCAAAAACAGCAAAAUCAAAAACGUCAUUAAUUAACAAAUAAUCAUAUCGGUGGCUAAAACGUUGUACCCCGCUAUAUAACCACCCAAGUCAACUCCUUUGCAUACUACGCGGUCACCAAUUAGUUAACUAAAAAGCGUCUAAUGGCGUUAAGUUACUAAUUGAAUCGUGCUCUGAUUGUUAGUAUUGAAGUGUAGUUUACACUCUCCUCCAACCCCAAUUGGCUUUUGGAUUAAAUAGCUUAAAUUAUCUGUGCGCUGCGCAUUGAUUUUUCUUUGCAUUUUUGAAUUUGACCGUCAAAAUUCCACCAGAACCAAUGGCUAAGGACGAGGAAGAGGAUGAUGUUUUGCCCGAUAAGGAUGCGGCUAAGGGCUUUUAUGCAAAAUAUGAACCUAAAGAGAUAUUGGGAAGAGGCAUCAGUUCCACAGUGCGACGCUGCAUUGAAAAGGAGACCGGCAUCGAGUUUGCCGCCAAAAUCAUCGAUCUUGGCGCCGCCACAGAAGCUGGGGAUACCAAUCCAUAUCAUAUGCUCGAAGCCACAAGACAGGAAAUUUCAAUACUCAGACAAGUUAUGGGGCAUCCCUAUAUAAUUGAUCUACAAGAUGUCUUCGAAUCGGAUGCUUUCGUCUUUUUAGUAUUUGAAUUGUGUCCGAAAGGUGAACUCUUCGAUUACCUCACCUCGGUUGUAACGUUGUCGGAGAAGAAGACACGCACCAUAAUGCGACAAAUAUUUGAGGGUGUCGAAUAUAUACAUGCAAAGAAUAUUGUACAUAGAGAUUUGAAACCCGAAAAUAUUCUACUCGAUGAAAAUCAUAAUGUUAAAAUAACAGAUUUCGGUUUUGCGCGACAACUGAAGGGUGACGAAAAGUUAACAGACCUCUGCGGCACGCCUGGCUAUUUGGCGCCGGAAACAUUGAAAUGUAAUAUGUUCGAAGGCUCGCCUGGAUAUUCAAAAGAAGUUGAUAUUUGGGCAUGCGGCGUCAUUAUGUUCACAUUACUUGUUGGCUGUCCACCGUUUUGGCAUCGCAAACAAAUGGUCAUGUUGCGCAACAUAAUGGAGGGCAAAUACAGCUUCACCUCACCCGAAUGGGCUGAUAUAUCAGAGGAUCCAAAGGAUCUCAUACGGAAAUGUCUAGUCGUCGAUCCAGCGAAACGAAUCACAGUGAAAGAAGUAUUAAAGCAUCCGUUCUUCAAUCAGAUGUUAUUCGAGCAAAAUAUCGAUGGACUGAAGCGCAGCCUAUCCACCAAAUCUAGGAGAAUGAGUCGCAUCAAUGACAUUGCACUGGUUUUAUGCUCCGAACCGUCGACUGAUGGCCGCACCACUUAUCAGCUGAAAUCGCAAAAUCUACGCAACUCGCCUAGCAGUGGCGCGCAAUUGUAUUACAAUCCUAAUAUUAUUAAAACACAGACGAACUAUAGUUACAACAAACUACCGUCAACGUAUGCCAGCAAUAAUAUUAGCAAUAACAACAAUCGCAAGAGCAUGACAAACAUGUACUUAAGCAAACAAGCGAGUAAUCAAAGCAAUAAUAGCAAUAACACCUAUACUACAAACGCAACUACUUCCCCGAGUACGACAUUCCCUCAAGCGUACAAUAACAAUUACAAUCAACGCAACUAUCAAAGUAAUGGUAAUGCGUUUGACAACACUACGGCUGGUCCGACUACAUUCCUCCCAACAAAUCAAAAUAAUAACAGUAUUGGCAACGCAACGCCGGCGCCGACGCCAUUUAUAACGCAAGACCAGCAGCAACAACAGUUGCUCUAUCAGCAGCAGCAACAAUUUAUACAAAAACAACAGCAAACAUAUGAACAACAGCGUCUUUCAAUCAGUUGGUGUUGUGGCAAUGAGAAUUUGCUUCUGCGUAAACAAAGUCGCUUUAAUGCACGCAAGAAAUUCCAAUUCGCCAUAUUGGUUAUACGUGCUAUGAUAAGAAUCCGCCGAUUGCGCUACACCGCCGAGCCAUUACGCGUCGAAGAGGCUAUACGCGAUCCAUAUCGGGUCAAGGUGCUGCGUAAGGUGAUUGAUGGCUGCGCUUUCCGCGUUUACGGGCAUUGGGUGAAGAAGGGCGAAGGCCAGAAUCGUGCCGCACUCUUCGAGAACACACCACGCACAGAAUUGCAUGCGCUCUACAUAAACAACUUGAGUCGAUAGUUUGUCGAAGACUCAAUACCGUGAAGCAUAGACGCGUACGGCGCGCAGAGUGGUGUACAUAAAGACGAUAGCCGAAAGCGUAAAGUGCUGAAACUUAUGAAUUACUGAACUUUAGUGAAACAUGUGAGAACUCCUUUGCUUGCUAUUAGCGUUUAGUGGGCUGUUGGCCGAAAAUUAUUAUGCUUAUGAUUAUUUUAGUUGGUAAGUGAGUUUAAAACAAAUGCUUGUUGAAUUCAGCCAUUUUUUUGUAAUUGUUUGUUUGCACUUUUUGAAGUGCAGUUAUUUUAUUUAAUAUAUCUACAUAUAUUUCUUUUUUAAUUUCAUUAGUAAUUAGGCAAACUUGUAGUAAUAUACAAACGUACAUAUAAAUAUAGUGAACAAAUCCUAAUUAUCGAUAAUUUGCAAUUAGGCAAAGCAAAUAGCAAAAUGAAUUGAAAAAGUAUAGCAAAAUGUGUGUUAAAUACAUACAUACAUACAUUCAAAUCUAAACUGAUAAAUGAUAUUAAUGAAUUGUUUAACUUUUGCUUUAGUUUGUAUUAUUUAUAUAGUUUAAUUUUGUUAAGCCUUAAAGCUUUGUACUUUUAAGCAGCUAAGCAGCUGGAGAAAGUAUAAGCAAAAAACCAUAAAUUAAUACCAAAUUAUUUUAUAUACAUAUAAUUAAUUAAUUAAAAUUAAACUAAAUUUUAAUGAACGAAAUAAUUAUAGUAAUAAAUAGCUGAAUACAGCGGUGCAAAACAAAAGCAAAAACAAAAACAACAUUUGAAGCUAAUUAACUCGUUUUAAGUUAAAUACGUUUGUACAACUAUGUGAACGUUGAAUUUUAAAAGUUGAAUUUCAAAGCGCAAAAAUAUUUAUGCAUUACAUUUAAUGCUGUGACGUCAAGUCACUAUCAUAGUUACUACAUAUUGUGCUUUAUUAUUUUUUAAACAUAUUUUUAUUACUAAACGUAGUUGCAUGUAUGCACAUUGAAUAAAAGGAAUUGGCGUUUUCAAAACUUAAACGCCAUGCACACAUACACACACGCAUAUACUUUAUGUACAUAUAUAUUAUACAUACAUGCAUACAUCUAUACAUACAUAUCUCACAAUAUACUAAAAAGAAAUGUAAAGCGUUAAAUUAUGCGCAAAACUAAAUCACUGAGGUCACAAUAUUAAUUCAAAAAUCGGCAAAUUCAUUAUUCUAAAAAUUACACUAGUUUGCGGUCAUUUGGCGCCUGUGAUGUUAAAGGCUGUUUCUUGCUAGUUUCGUGUUGCUAAAACCGAAAAAUAUACUAAAAAUUGCCUAUCUCGUAGGAUCAAUACAAAAAAUGAACGAAAAAGUCUAUGGGUGUAGGGCACAAACCGUCACUGUUUACUAAAAUCAAAUUCGCAAUCAGAACACCUCAAAUACCCUAUAUACAAAAAUAAAUAAAAAGUACUGACAUUUUCUCCUAUAAUUUUAAACAUUAAUACUCUCACACAAUUUUUGUUAAGAGAUUUUUGUUAAAACUUAGAAAAAUUACACUUUUAACUUUAACUUUUCGAAUCAAAACACAAAUAAUUUCCACAAUAGUCAUUUAACAUCACUCACAAAUCUUUUCUAAAACAACUUUUCUUUAAAUGUUCAUUUAGCAAAAAUACAGAUUAGUUUUCAGAAAUUCACAAUAUUUACAAAAUAAUGUAAAAUAGUCUUGUAAAUUUAAAAAAUAUUAAUUUGACGCUAAAAAUAUAGUGGCAUAAAAAUUAUUACUCAGACGUUUGAUACAUUUAUGAAUAAUAUAGAAAAAAUCCUUAAAAUACAUAGAACUUAAUUUUAUACAAUAUAUAGUUUUUCAAAAUUUCUGCAACUUAAAAAUGCUUACGAAAAUUAAUUGUAAUGAGAAAGAAUAACAAUUCACGCCAUACAUAUGUAUACAUAAAUAUAAAAAUGUAAUUUUUGUUGCAAUUAAUUUUUUAAUCACUUUAUUUGUGCUCAGAAUAACAUUCAGAAAUAAUUGAAAAAUAUAUAAUUUUAUACAUAUUUAUGUAAAUAUGUACACAUACACAUACAUGCAGAUAUAUGCAUAAAAGAAAAAUAAUUAAGUAAAAAAAGUUGGAAAUAUAAAAGUAAACUUAGAUGAAAUGUAACUAUCAAGUACCUCCAGUGUUUUACGCGCAUAUUUUACACAUGUAUGUAGCUAUGUAUUGAAUAAAAUAUAUUUGUAUGUGUUACACACAUAAAUCGCAAUAGCAAUUAUAGUGCAUAGAUCACAUAUGAAUAGAAAUGUAUGCGCAUGUAUGUAUGUAAUUUGAACAUCAACGAAUCACUCACAAGAAAAACGCAAAAGAAAUUGUGAAAAAAUAACAAUUUAAUAAACACUUACGUUGUUACAGUGAAUAAACAUGUAACUAAAAGAAA